CAGACAUUCCGGCUUCUGUGCUUUUGAUGGAAUUUGUCUCCGUGUGCCACGUCAUCUGAUGUCACUGCCGCACCUGCGCAGCCAUCUUGUACUUCGAGCGAGAGGACAGCAGAAAGAAAGAAUAGCUGGGAGAAAAUAACGCACUUAUUUUGCAGUAUUUAGGAAUGUCCGUCAAGUAAAAUCGACAGAACGACGCGUUUAGAUUUCAGAUCACUGAGAUAGCUGAAGAAAAGCUAAGAGAAUCAAGACAAGUGCCUCCGGAAUUUCAGACAUACAAGCCAUCUAAUUUGCCUCAAAGCGGAGCGCAAGAGGAGGAAGGAACAGUGUCAAAUCGACAGAAAACACCCGGCCCACAGUCACACCAUGAAUCCUGAAUAUGACUACCUAUUCAAACUCCUCCUUAUCGGCGACUCUGGUGUGGGGAAAUCUUGCCUUUUACUUCGAUUUGCUGAUGACACUUACACAGAGAGCUACAUCAGUACCAUCGGCGUUGACUUCAAAAUCCGCACCAUAGAGCUGGACGGCAAGACCAUCAAGCUACAGAUUUGGGACACUGCAGGACAGGAGCGAUUCCGCACCAUCACCUCCAGUUACUACCGCGGGGCCCACGGCAUCAUCGUGGUCUAUGAUGUCACAGAUCAGGAGUCCUACAACAAUGUGAAGCAGUGGCUUCAGGAAAUCGAUCGCUACGCCAGCGAGAAUGUCAACAAGCUUCUGGUGGGGAACAAGUGUGACCUGACCACCAAGAAAGUAGUGGACUACACCACUGCCAAGGAGUUUGCGGACUCGCUGGCGAUUCCCUUCCUGGAGACGAGUGCAAAGAACGCCACCAACGUGGAGCAGGCCUUCAUGACCAUGGCGGCGGAGAUCAAGAAGCGCAUGGGCCCUGGGGCCACGGCCGGCGGCGACAAGCCCAACCUCAAGAUCGAGAGCACGCCGGUGCGGCAGGGCGGCGGGGGCUGCUGUUAAACACGACGGCCGCCCGCCCGCCACCCACGCGCCGUUCGUUGUUGUACAUCUGUCUAUGGAUGAAUGUGUGUGUGUAGAUGUAGGUGUGUGUGUGUGUGUGUGUGCUUGCUUGAUGUGUAUGCUCGCAUACACACACUCACACACACAAAGGUGGAGGCUGCUGUGGAUGGGGGUGUGUCUGUGUGUUUGUGUGUGUACGUUUGCUUGACACAUGCAAGAGCACUUACACACCACGUAACACGACACACGCGCACGCACACAUGUUUGGGACGGAUGGACCUUCUCCCGGACUUCCUUACUCCCCCCUACUCCUCUAUCCCCCCCAACCCCCAUCUACUCAACAUACACCUACACCAUAUACCGAUGUACACACCUAUACACACCAGUCCUACCACGUCUGCACCACGUACACACACACACACACACACACACGCGCGCACACACACACACACACAGUCUCACAAUCUCAAAAUCUCAAACAAAGAAGCCCAGCACCUCUCCUCCUCCUCCUCCUCCUCCUCCUCUUCCAUCCCUCGCUCUCACACCCUGACACGGUUGGCCAGAGUCCAGCAUUCUGCUGUUCCACACCACACCACACCUUACCCACCCCAGCCCCACCCUAGCCCAACCCUCUCAUCUCACCCACCCGAAACAUAGCGUAACAUCGGUAGGGUGAGGCAGAAGCGUCUCUCUGGAGCUUGCAAAUAGGCCUGAAGCGCUCAAGUAGAGGAGAGAAACGCAGAUAGAAAAUGAGAGAGAGAGAGAUGUAAAAGGAGGAAGAAUGAGAUGGGAGCAGUGUGUAAUAUAAGGGUCAGGGUCAAUUGGACAGAGAAUAAAGAGAGGAUGGACGGAGAUGAGGAAGAGGAAAGGAGAGAGAGGAACUGAAGAGACUGACUGAGGUGAAGGGUGAAAGCUGUUUAGCGAUGACUUUCACAUGAGGAGGUGUGAAGGAGAGAGGUCAGGAGCCGUUAGAAAAGAAGGCUAUUGAUCUACGUAGAGAGAGGGGGAGAAAGAAAGAAAGAAAGAGGACUGGGUCCAGGUUUCAGCGUUUGUAUGUCUUUCACUCUCUCUUAUCUCCUGACUAAAACAUACAAAUAACCUACUGGGCAAACAGACGCGUAUACACACACACACACACACACACACACAGACACACACACUUAUCAAACUCAAGUUUAGUUUGCGCAGUCGAGUGGAUUUGAACGUAUUUUCAAAAACUGGCUUCUGUGGUUUUUUUUAUUGUGUUUUUCCCUCUCUGUUAUCAUUGGCUGGGUUUACACAAGGUUCAGGGUUUGUCCACUGACAACAUUAGCCACCCCACCCCAACCCCCUCUCCAAUGAACCGCAUUGAGAGUCUGACUCAUUGGACACUAAGUUAUCAAUGCCUAUUACUUCAAUUGCCUCUCGUACCUCCCAGUCAUUAGACGCCCGGAUGACGCAGAUUCUGAAACAUUGCUCUCUGGAGGUCUUGUGUUAUAUAAUAUGUCUGGGUCGGUGGGCAAGAUCGAUGAUUGUUAUAUUUUGGUGGGUGGGGUGAUGUGGGUGGCCUUCAACAGUUCAACAGGCAUUCUCAACAGUUUCCUCAACAUGUCCCCUUUACAAUAAGCUCUGAACGUCUUGUCUAUCAUACUUGUGGAAUUAUGUGUCUUUGAAGUAACAUGCAUCCAAUACACAGACAGAUGCUCACGCACGCACGCACGCACGCACGCACGCACACACACACACACACACACACACACACACACACACACACACACACACACACACACACAGUGUAUGGGGGUUGGUAUGGUUGAGGGUGGGGUGGGGUGGGGUAGCCACUGCUUGGGUAUGGAGUCGGAAGAGGGUCUUCUAAAACAAAACAAGAAUUGGCAAUAUUUCUAGAUUUUUGCAAGUGCAUCCUAAUAGUUGGACAAUGUUGAUAUUAUUAUUAUUAUUAUAAUGGUGAUUUUUAUGAACAUGUUUUGGUUUAUUAUGUUUCUGGACUAGUUUGUUUUUAUUGGUUUUGUUUUUUUCUUCUAAUCAUGAAAAGGUUAUGUGGAGGGGAGGGGUAUAGCUGGCAGGUGGUUGUGGGGGGAGGGGCUUAGAGCAAUGAGGAAGUGGGGGCCCCAUUGGUCUGUUUUGAUGUUCCAGUUUUUUUAAUUAUUAUUAGUAUGUGUGCCACUGACGCCAGCGUGGCCUGUUUUUCCACAGCAGAUGGUGAAAGAUGUUCUGGGUUGGGUGCCUGGCAGCACAGGGGUAUCCGUCUCACUCCCCCUCUGUUUCUCUCUUCCUCUUUCAGUCUUACACUUCCCUUUUCUCUCUCUUUUUCAAUCAUGUUCUCUCCCUUUCUCUUGAUCCCAUCUUUUUUCCCUCCUUCCUCACUCUCAAUUUCUCGCUGUCUCUUUCACUGUUCUAUGUUGGGUAAAUUAAGCUGCUGUCCGGUUUUUAGAGUUCCACUUGUGUGUUGGCCCACAGCCCCCCCAAACAAAACCACCAUCCGUAACACCUGACAUCCCCCUCCCCCCUCCACCGCCCGCUCGCCCCUACUCCACUGCAAUCCACUCUCUCUUUCUAUUAAAGGAUACUGCUGUGCCUGAACAGACAGUGCAAAUUGCAGUGUUGCAUUUGAUCUAAAUGUAGGGGUGAAUUAAGAUAAAUUGGGCCACUUUUUUGCAUAUAAGUGAAUGGAAAAAAGUGGACCAAUUUACCGGAAUUCACCCUAUAUCCUAUAUCUAUAGAUACCUAGGAAUUCUGCUGCGCAAGCAUCACGCUCUGCAGAGAAUGUGGAGAACUUCCCCACACGAAGGGGGCAUGGCCCCGAAUAUUACGACUGGAGCCUGAGAAUGGCCUUUGACCUUUGGCCGUUCUCUUGGCGUCGAGAGAUUUUAAACUCUGCUCUUGGCCUUAGCACGGGUCUGGCCGAGAAGGGUAGAGAUGUCUUAAGGUCUCAUUUUGCUGGCUUAGCUGUCACAACUUGCGGGACAGCUUGGCUGUUUCGUCAUUGUCUGUGUUUGAAUGUAAGAAAAGUAUUUAAAGUGUUUGGUUUCAUCUAUCCCCUCACUCACGCCUCAACAACACAAACACACACACUCGUACACACUCCAUUUUAUCCUUUUAAACCAAUGGUUGGCACAUUAGUUACACUUGAGGUUGUGGCGAGCUUCAGACACGUCUGCUUUGUUUGUUACUGUAGACAGGCUGUGUGAUGUGUUAUGAGGAACUGUUGUCUCUCUGCAACACUCCUUUAGCCCUCCUGGGUCACACACAUGCAUUAGUACUAGAAAGACUGAAAUACUUAGACUGGGGAGUGUUCCAAGAACCUGGCUAAGUAGUAAGCCAGGUUAAGUUAGCCUUGAGGUAGUGGUAAAUCACCUAAUAGAAGAGCCUGGGCUGCUCAUUUUUUAAACUAAAUGACACCUUUGGUCUAUCUAUUAGAUGAUUUACCUCUUCCUGUAGGUUAACUUAGCCAGGUUUCUCACUUUACCAUGUUCUUAGGAUACUCCCAGGGUGUGUGUGUGUGUGUGUUGGUGGGUGUUUGUUUAGUGUGAUGUAUUGUACUGUUUGUCAGGGCCUGGGACUGACUGGUCUUGAGAUGAGAGGCGAGACCGGAUAUGACUUCCCAGAACUUUCUCUCUCGCUUUUUUUUACGUUGCCCACACAGUCACAGCUCCUUCAGUGAGGUAGUGCUGUCCCUUACUCUUGAAAGACACACUCACUCACAGACAGACACUCACAUUCACCCUCAAUUCAAUACAAGGGGGGGGAAGGCCUAACUACAUGUCUCCCUUGCCACACACACACACACACACACACACACACACACAGACACUUCGGUCACACACCUGUGCCACAGGCGCACACACACUUCUCUUAAUCCAAGACAAAUACCAGUCUAGAUCUGGCCUGCAAGUUAAACUACUUACUCCCGUCCACGCCUCAGUUGAGAAAACUGAUAGUGACUCCGCUGUCAGUCAGCACAGAGGGACUUUUAUAAGGCCUUCUCCCAUUCAACAUCACCGUUGCAAAUGAGAGAACGACCUUUUGAAUUGUGUCUUUUGCAAGAUAUUGAAUAAAAACUUGGCUUAUUGAUGACGUUGAAGCUCGCAUCACUUGGCCGGGGGUCAGGGAAGUAUGGGAGGCAAUUAUUUAACUUGCACCCAUAGGGUUUCACCACCCUGAAUCCAGCAACAUAAAUGCCCCUAGGCCUUCUGCGUCGUCAGAGAAAUAGACUUUGAGAUAGACGGUAUCUAUCAAAUGAUGGAUGGAUGGAUGUGAGCGAGAGAUAGACAUGGAAAUAAAAUGGCUUGUUGCUCUGCAGCAUGUAGGAGCGGGAAGUUUUUUGAUCUGGCACCUGCUGAUGCUUUUUUGCUGGAUGUGCGCACUUUCCACUACACUCUAUCUUGUUGCUCUGCAGCAACAUGAGAUUUGAUGUCUGUUUUUCACUUUAUCCCCCUUUUUCCUUGCCUGGGUUGUUGUCAAGAGCUUCUAGAAUGUGCCACAGCUGACCUUUGAAAAGUGUGUUUCAAAAGGGGGGGGGAAACGCCUGAUAUGUGGUUUUCUAUGAGGUAAAUACUAAUAUUUUAUAAUCAGCACCCUAUACAAUUGUGCCCCAUCCUCUGGCAGUCCAUUGCCAUCGUGUCAGGAGAGAAGUAGGAGAAGUAGCUCAAGACUGAUACUGUGUGGUGUUGUGUUUUGUGGUGCCCUGCGCCUAAGUGCACAGAAUCAAUGUACGGUAGCCAUCAUGACAAAGAGAGUGGAGCUGAAGCAUCACUGUUAAACAACUGGCCCCUGGGAGGUGAUGAUGGUCGUCAGCAUCAUCAUCAUCAUCAUCAUCGCCAUGACAACGAUUUGUGUAUUACUAGCCCGUUGUGGUUCCUGUAUUAACCUGCUAACCUCUGUUUAGAGUCUAGGGUCACGACCUCUAACACUACCAUGAAUUCACAACUUAUCCAUCACUUAGACUUUUUAAAAUUAUUUUUCAUUUUGCUUAUUUUGUCAGCUAGGCCUACGUAUGUGGGAGUUGGAUCUAUCUGUUGUCCUUAACUGGGUUGACUGUCUCUUGUAGUCUCUUUAUAGUGUGGAGGGCACAGUACAGUGAGAGUGUGUAAUCAGGGUGAAAAGGUUGUGUACGACAUUCCUGAUCUUCAAAAAAGCAAGACCGACUGAGGGGGAAAAAAAACAACAACCAAAAAGCAAUGUCGACUAAUACUAAUCUUGGUCUUACUGGAGCUUUGGAAGAAAAACAUAGAACCCCUGAGAACUCUUUCCAGUAUUUCAUCUCAUACUUUUCACUUACUGUCAUAAGCCACAAACGGCAGCCUUUCAAAGAUGGCCCCCUCCCUCACAUUGCAUCAUGGGACUUGAAGUCUAUAACUGUAGAUGAGUUUGCAGUUCGGAUGCCUUGUGGACAUUUAUGUAA